GUUAUGAUAUAAAUAAUCAAAUGUUAUAUAAAUACAUAUUUUAAGAUAAAUAGAUAAUAAUAAAUGUGACGAGAUAUUUCUAGUUUUGGUAAGAACUAAUCUCAUGACGAGAUUAGUUUCUCUUAUUAUCAUUAUGUGUCAGCACAGCAAUAUCGGAUAUUUUUCGUGUAUAAUAAUAAGUAUAACACAGAAAUUACGAGCAAGAAAAAGGAAAACAUAGAUAACAGACUGAGGCAUAGUUGAGCAAUCGUGUAAAUACUUUUGUAUAAAUUCCUUUUUUCAAGUAUCGUUUUUUCUCAUUUUAACAUAAAUAAAUAUAUUAAAUAAUGUGUUGUUUUUGCGAUUGAUGUCAUUCGCGCGUAAUAUUUUUUUCGUUACGCGAAUUGCACAGGACUUGUUUUCUUAAUAACGCGGGAUACACGCAGACACGGACUGAUCAUGGCUGAUAUUACGAGCGAAAGAGAAGUUGAAAACAUGACGAUGCAGAGGUUCUUUGAUAAUGUUGUUGUAACAGUGUGAGUAUAAAGAUUGAACCACAACUAGCAGAAUAGUCGCACGAUACAGCACGAGCCGUGAAUCGGGAGAUUAUAGUUCAAUCUGUGCUAAUAUUGCAGUAUACAAAAGACUGCGAAGCAUAAUGCUUCGUUUAAUAAGGAACAAGUUGCCUAAAUGGGAUAUCGGAAAUAAUCGAGCAGUCGCUACAUUUAAAAAGGAUGAGACAAAGGAUAUAGAUGUUCCAAACAAUGCAGAUGUUGUGAUAAUAGGUGGUGGUAGCGCUGGUUGCAAUGCACUUUAUCAAUUGGGAAAACGUGGAGUCAAUGCGGUACUCUUGGAAAGGUCUAAACUUACAUCUGGCACGACAUGGCACACAGCAGGUCUCCUGUGGCAUUUACGCGGAAUAAAUGAUGUUGAAACGGAGUUAUUGAAAGCUUCGCGACUGCUUUACGCAUCUUUGCAAGAAGAAACAGGUAUAAAUCCAGGAUGGAUAAAUAAUGGUGGACUCCUCAUCGCUCAUACUCCCGAGCGAGUAGUUAAGUACGAAAGAUUAAUUACUAGUUGUAAGAACUUCGAUUUCGAGGCAUACAUGAUUGAUCCAAUCGAGGCAAAGGAAAAAUUUCCCCUCCUAGAUAAAAAUGCAUUUCGAGCUGCUAUAUAUUCUCCAAUGGAUGGUACGAUAGAUCCUGCCAUGUUGGUUCAUGCAUUGACAAAAUCAGCCGAAAGGAAUGGUUGCAAGGUCAUUGAAGAUUGUCCAGUCACUAAAAUCCUCGUCGAGGAUACCGACGGACAUAAAACUAUUCGCGGAGUGGAAACGCCUUAUGGUAUUAUAAAAACUAAUGUCGUAUUAAAUGCAGCGGGAGCAUGGUCUGGAACAGUAGCGCGAAUGGUAGGAUUAGACAUCCCAUUGGUACCGAUGAAACACGCGUAUAUUGUUACCGAGGCGAUGAACGUACGAGGAUUGCCAAAUAUUCGAGAUCCCGAUUUUAAUAUUUACUUCAGGGUGCAGGGUGGAAAUAUAAGUAUUGGAGGAUAUGAGCCGAAUCCUAUCAUACUGAAAUUCCCGCCGGAAGACUUCUCUUUUAGCUUAUACGAGUUGAAUUGGGACGUGUUCAAUACCCAUGUAGAGGCGAUGAACCGACUGAUACCCGCUCUGGCGACCACCGGAAUAAGAACGACGGUGUGCGGCCCAGAAAGUUUUACUCCUGAUCACAAACCUAUUAUGGGUGAAGACCCACGCUGCACAGGUUUUUAUUAUUCCUGCGGGUAUAAUAGCGCUGGAAUGAUGUUUGGAGGUGGUUGUGGAGAACAAAUAGCGUUAUGGAUAAUUAACGGUCGGCCGGACAAACACAUGUUCAAUCAGGACAUUAGACGGUAUAUACCAGAACAAAGAAAAAAUUUAGUUUGGAUGAACGAACGAAGUCAGGAGGCUUAUGCCAAAAAUUAUAAUAUUGCUUUUCCACACGACGAACCUUUAAGCGGUAGAAACUUGAAGACAGACCCUUUCCACAAUUUUCUCGUCAACGAGGGUGCUAUUAUGGAAGAAAGGCAAGGAUGGGAACGUCCAGGAUGGUUCCUACCAGGCAACAAGAUAGCUCCAGUUUUACCGUACGAUUAUGGUGGUUAUUACGAUACACCAAAAAAUACGAAUGACGCAUAUGCCGAAGUACUGAAAACAGAAUGUACAUUUAAUUUUCCGCCGCACGAUAACAUUAUACGAGAGGAAGCGCUUGCCUGUAGAAAUAAUGUUGCCUUAUUUAACUUGUCGUAUUUCGGGAAACAUUACAUAUGUGGCCCAGACACGAAACAAGCGGUGGAUUAUAUUUUUACAGCUCAAGUGGAUCGAGAAGUUAAUAGAAUUGUGUACACUUGUAUGUUAAACAAAAAAGGGGGUGUAGAAGGUGACUGCACAAUCACUGGUUUGGAAUCUGGCACGGGUGGUCUAGUCGAUCCCAUAUUUAAAGGAAAAGCAUUUUAUUUAGUGAGUGGAGGCAUGUCAUCGUAUCACACUUGGGCGCAUAUCAGCAAAAUAAUAAGAGACAAAGGUUUCAAUGUAUCUAUACACAAUGUUACAGAUCAAAUAGGAAUUUUAUCUGUUCAAGGUCCUAAUAGCCGUCAAGUUCUUGGAACGUUAGUUGACGAUGAUCUCUCGAAUGAAUCAUUUCCUUUCUCAACUUCAAAACUAGUACGAAUAAAUGGUGAAAUAGUACACAUGUUUAGGCUUAGUUUCGUGGGCGAGCUUGGUUACGAACUACAUAUUCCAAAAAGUUCAUGCGAAAAAGUUUAUAAAGCUUUAAUGGAAUGCGGUAAAAAAUAUGAUAUGAAAUUGGCUGGCUUCAGAGCGCUCUACAGUUUAAGUUGCGAAAAAGGAUAUCAUCUUUGGAGCUCAGACUUGAGAACGGAUGACAAUCCAAUAGAAGCGGCCUUAGAAAGCGUCUGCCGCAAAAACGGCAAAUACUUAGGAAAGUCGUCUGUUGAAGAGUGUCGUAAAAAUGGAAUAAAAAAAAGAAUGGUACAUUUACAUAUAAAUGAUGAUGUACCACUGUGGGGUAUGGAGAGCGUUUACAGGAAUGAUCAAUUCGUUGGUUAUCUAAGAAGGGCUGAACAUGGAUAUACUUUUAAAAAGAGUAUUGGACAGGCAUACAUCACGGCUCCAAAUGGGCAAAAUGUUACAAAAGAAUUUUUGAAGACGGGUACUUACGAGAUUGAAACAAGGAGCAAAAGAUAUCCUGCGGAAAUAUAUCUUCAAAGUCCAUUUGAUCCACAGAACAAGAGAUUACUGGGUAUAUACACAAUGUAAAAACAGUUGUCAAAUAUUUAAUUUUCUGACUCUAAACCAUUUGCGAAAAGCAAUUAUAUGUAUGUCAAUAAUCAAACCUUUUAUAUUUUUUUCAUACAUAAAAAACAUAAUAAAAAUAUAA